AUGAACUCCCUAGUGAAAAGUGCCAUAUCACACCAUGAGAGGCAUGAGUCUCUACACCGCCUACAACAAGAUCUGGCCACUCUCAGUACCCAUCCGAUGGAUCUGCAAUUGACGAAGCUGCAGGAACGCUCAAAUGCACUCCUGCGGAAGGUAGAGCAGUGGUGCAACAUUCAGUUGCUCUACAUGCCUGCAGUCGGCCGUCUUCGUGCAGUUGAAACUGCAAAUGCACAGUCCGUCCGUGAGGAGAAGGCACAUGAAGUCACACUUUGGCUUCCAUCGAAAGUCAAGGACACUGCUGAGUCAUGCGAGGAGCCGCUUUGCGCUUAUGAGUGGGAGCUAUGGCGUGCACAGGCACAUGAAGCUCUGGAUGACCUUCGCCGACAACUUCGGCUUCACACUCACCUCUACAAAUUCAAGGACGCGCACAUCCGUGGCCAACGGGCUAAUACCAGAGCAUCCACGGUGCUUAACCGAGUGGAGCAGACCAUGAAAACUGCGGUUGCACGGUAUCACAGAGCCUGGUCAGCCAUCAAGACACUAUCCGUGGUCCUGAGCAAGCCAAAUUGGGAAGUAGAGUUGCCGGAGUUACGACUGGCUGAUAUUCGGGGGAUGGCAGAGGGAGAAACGGGGCAAUCCGAAGGCACGUGUACCUUAUCCUGGAUCUGGAAGGCCCGUGGUGUGGCUGGAGUUGGUGAAGACGGCGGAGCUGUCUUAUCUGAAGGAUUGCGCAUCGAGUGGUGCAAGUCUCAGGUGCAAGCUAACCGAUGGACCGAAGAAGUAGAGCUCCUGCAAGAGGAGAUGCGCCGUGUAGCUGACUUUCUUUCCUGGCAUGCAGGGUGGUGGGAGGAGCAAGCGAAUUGGAGGAAUGUCCUAGCCGCACCCGAACAGGAGGGUAUCAAGGGAUACGCGAAACGCCAGGCUGCUCUUCAGAGGGCUAUGUGUGACAGGUUCCAGGAGAUGUGGAGUAUUGUUCCAGCUCUUCUCCAGUCCCCGUCACCUGCUAUGGAAUCCCCCACGUCGUAG